CUUCCCAGUCCGGUCCUGUCCGACCCUCGACGCCCCCCCGAACGGGAGCAUCAACUGCUCGCACCCGGAAAACGUCGUCGACGCCAUCUGCCACUUCUCCUGCGAGGAUGGCUUCAGGGUCAUCGGGUCCAAGAACAGGAUUUGCCUUCCCAUCGCUCUCUGGUCGGGGAUUCCCGCCUCAUGCAAACCCAUCUACUGCUUCCCGCUGUCCCCGGUCCCCGACGGGCACCAGGACCCGCCGGAAUGCGAGCGGGAGCGCCGGUAUCCAGGAGACACGUGCCGGCUGGAGUGCAGGGAGGGCUUCGAGGUCAAGGGACCUCAGAAGAGGACCUGCGGGCCCGAUGGACGGUGGACGGGAAAGCGGAAGGCGAGGUGCCUAGGUGC